GUAAAAGGAAAAGGAAAAGGAGGAGUGAUGGGAAAAAUAGACUGAGAAGAAAGAGGCUGGCUUAGGUAUAGUUCUAGAACGUACGCACCACCUGCUGUGGUUCCAAAAAUCCCCCAUUGCCCGGCACUUCCCUGCCAGAGAUAUCUAUCUCCAUUCUCCGGCCGGCGGCCACCAUCAAAACCGGUCUCGAUACAUUCUAGAAACACAAAACCUAUAGGAACCAGCACCGUCUGCCUCUACGAGAGGAACCAUUCGGAACCCUACUUAAUCCGAUCAAGUGGAAGCUAAUUUCAAUCAUCAAAUUGAUUAUUCGCAGAGGUUGGGUGUUGAGAUUGGAUGAGAAUAAGAGAUGCCUCCAAAGCAGCAAUCGAAAGCCGAUUUGGCCAAGAAGCAGAAGGUAGUGGAGGACAAGACCUUCGGUCUCAAGAACAAGAACAAGUCUAAGAAUGUUCAGAAAUAUGUUCAGUCCCUCAAACAAAACGUUCAGCCCAAACCUGACCCAUCUAAACUCAACGCAAAGAAGAAGAAGGAAGAGGAGAAAGCUAAAGAGAAGGAGCUGAAUGAAUUAUUUAAAGUUGCCGUCAGUCAGCCUAAAGUUCCUCCUGGAGUUGAUCCAAAAUCAAUUUUGUGCGAGUAUUUCAAGGCGGGACAGUGUACUAAGGGAUUCAAAUGCAAGUUCUCGCAUGACUUGAAUGUUCAAAGGAAGGGAGAGAAGAUUGAUAUCUACAGCGACAAGCGUGAUCAAGAGGAUGAUAAAGAGACGAUGGAAGAUUGGGAUCAAGAGACGUUGGAGAAGGUUGUGGCCUCAAAAAGUAAUGAGUACAAUAAGAACAAGCCCACUGAUAUUGUGUGUAAAUACUUUUUGGAAGCAGUGGAGAAGAAGCAGUAUGGUUGGUUCUGGGUAUGCCCCAAUGGUGGUAAAGAAUGCCACUAUAGGCACGCUCUCCCCCCUGGAUAUGUUUUGAAAUCACAGAUGAAAGCUCUCCUCGAGGAAGAAUCAGAAAAGAUAUCAAUUGAAGAGGAAAUAGAAAAUCAGCGUGCUAAAGUAGCUACUUCAACUCCUAUGACUCCUGAGCUAUUCAUGCAAUGGAAGAAAAAGAAGAUGGAAGAAAGAGAAGCUGGCUUGGCUGCUCUGCAAGCUGAAAGGGCUAAGAAUGACCGUAUGAGUGGUCGUGAGCUGUUUCUUUCAGAUGCCAGUUUGUUUGUGGAUGAUGUUGGGGCCUAUGAUGAGUACCAAAGGCAUGAAGAGCCAGAUGUUCCUGAACAGAAGGUUGACAAAGACUCUACCAGUGAAAGACCGAGUUCUUCUACUUCAGCUGCCCAAGAUGCUGAAGACAGCGAUCUAGAUGAGGAUGAUGAUGACUUGGAUGUGGAUGAGCUAAAUGAACUGGAAGCAAGUUUGUCCAAAGCAUCACUUCAUAUAAGUGAACCAAGUGAGAGUGUGUGAUCUUUGGACAAGGUUGCCCUUAAGCUCAUACACACCCUCUGUAGGCAUCUUGUUGCUAUUGAAAGCUGGUGGGGUGGAACUUGAUCAUGUUCUCCUUUUUGCAACCACAAGGAACAGGAUCUGUGGGAUCCUUAAUGCGGUUCCAGCAGUCAUGCCAUAAGACAGUAGAAAUUUUCAAUUUUUCUGUUAGGCUGGAUACGGUGUAUCGACCUGUUGAUCCUUUUGCCCUUUUGUUGUCAAACCUAGGUUACAUUUUUGAAUUUCUGACUACCGGUUAGUUCAAACAUGAGUAUGUUGUAUGACGAGUGGAUUGGAAUUUCGGAGAAUGAAUUUCUGUGGUCUCCUGACCGUUUUAUGGUUCUUAUUUAUGGAUUCUCUGUUGGAAAAGUUCCUGAGUUUGUUUCUCAGCUGUGGGAAGAUUCCCGUGCUGGUGUGUAUAGUUUACUGAAAACUCAGAAGUGGGAAUCAAAUGUCACCUAAUGUUGUCGAAGUCUCAAAGACUUGGGGUAACAUUUUGUUCAAUGCUCACGACUUGAACAAGAAGAAGAAUGUUCAUGAUGUCGGACUAGAUUUCAGAGCUUAAGAGCCACAGCAAGAACCAUAUAGUGCAAGGAAAGUGAAGAUUUUCAUAUUUACUCUGUAAAGAAGUUGUAAUGUACAAAGAUGGGCUCCGAGGCAAUUAGCUUCCAAGUAAUAAGAAAAUGAAGUCUAAAAGUAAACAGAAAAUCACUUGAUGGGAGCACUGAUAGUGUAAACCAAAAGAAAGGUAACAAUAACAAUGGCACCGCCGAGGGUGAAAGUGGGGCUGUUCCAGAACCUGAGAUUGGACCUCUCAGUCCUCUUGAUCGGAUCAACUUCUUCUGAGAGCGGAUAAUCGGAGCGCCUAGGAUUCCAGCUCACGUACUUGUCCGCAGAGAACUUAGGGAACAGAGUUUUCUUGCCUUGCUUCUUGAAAUUAGACCAGGCCUUAUCCCAAUCCGUCGAGAAUUUAUCACCUAAAACAUGCCAGACCCAAAACAACGACGAUUAAGAUGAAUAAACUGAAUCCAAAAAGAAAUCAAGAUGAAAAACGAUGAUUACAUAUAUACCUCCAUUUUUGUCGUCGUUGUUGUUGGUGUUACCGUCGCCAUUUUGAUUGGGAGAGUCUUUUUUGGAACAACGUGGUACUACAAGGUUGAAGCAGUUUGUUGUUGUAGUUUUGGAACCUGAACUCCUCCUCCAUGUUGUAUACGAUGAAAUCCUUCCAUUUGCAGUUCCAGCAGCAACUCGAAUGUCCAUGUGGGGGGGUUUAACUUUCUUGCUUUCCUGUAUUAAUCCAGAAAGAUCAAUGUUAUUUGCUUUUUGUUCUCCCUCUCUCUCAGCCACGCUUUGCCUAUCACUUCGAACCCGGUCCCCUCAACCAACCCCGCCUGAUUUUUUUAUUUUUAUUUUUUCCGUAGGUCAGGCUCGUAAAAGGAAUAAUCUGCGAUUUUCUUAUUGUGAUUACUCAUUUAUUGAUUUCUAAUUAUUUCAGGUAGGA